AUGACCAUAAACGACAGAGAAAAUGUCUCAAGAACAAUCGUGACUGAGUUUGUGUUGCUUGGCUUCUCUAACCUCCAGGAGAUGGAGCUGCCACUGUUCGUCCUCUUCCUGACCAUGUACAUGCUGACAAUCAUUGGCAAUGCUCUGGUCAUCCUCUUGAUCCAUCUCGAUUCUCGCCUCCACACUCCCAUGUACUACUUCCUCAGCAACCUCUCUUGGCUGGAGAUCAUCAUCACCACCACAGUCACCCCCAAGUUGCUGAGCCUUCUCAUCUCAAAGACAAACACCAUCUCCGCCUUUGGCUGCAUUGUCCAGGUAACAAUGUAUUUCCUGGCUGGAGUCACAGAAGUCUUGCUCCUUGGAGCUAUGUCUGUAGACCGAUACCUGGCCAUCUGCAACCCCUUGCGCUACACAGCCAUCAUGAGCAAUCAAGUCUGUAUGUUGAUGAUGCUUUCCUGCUGGCUGGGGAGCAUUCUUUGUAUUGUGAUUAGUGCAAUCUUCAAAUCUGGUCUGCCUUACUGCGGCCCCAAUGUCAUCGACCAUUUCUUCUGUGAAAGAAUCCCUUUGACGAAUUUGAUCUGUGCAGAUACUACCUUGAUUCAACUUGUAGAAUUCAUUUUAGCCAGCUUUGUAUUGCUGACCUCUGUGUCUGUGACAACAGUCUCUUACUUGUUCAUCAUUAUCACAGUGAUGCGGAUGCCCUCAGCUGAAAGUAGAAAGAAAGCCUUCAGCACCUGCAGCUCCCACAUCACUGUGGCCUCACUGUACUAUGGCAGCAGUAUGUUCAUUUAUGUUAGGCCAGCUGGAAGCACUUCCAUGGAUUUCAAUAAGGUGGCCACUGUACUCAACACUGUGGUAACUCCUUUACUCAACCCAAUCAUCUAUAGUUUUAGAAACAAGGUGGUCAAGGAUGUGAUGAGUGAUGCAGUGAAGCGCAUUGGUGAUAAAUUAGUGUUGAGGGUUUGA